UGACGAAUGGCGUCCGGUCACGUCUUUUAUUCUGAAAUGAAUUUCGGGAAGCGUCCAAGUGUCGGGCUAACGUUUGUGUUUCUCGCAGUUAGCAUCAGAGAAGCAGGAAGUCGGUCUGUUACCAUUAAAUCGUCUGCGUGGAAAGUUUGCAUGUCUUUUUUCUCGUCGAGUGGCUUAAAAGUCAUCAAAGUGUCCGCGAUGCCACCUGGUGAACAGCUGAGUCUUCCUCUGUGACACUUGAAUGCAGCGCGGAUGUCCUGCCCGCCGCAGGCAAACAUGGCCGCACCGAGCCAACUCAGACAUGAGAUGGGGGCCAAGGCGUCGUCCCUCCCGGGUCCCUGUCCAGGUCCAGAUCUCAGCGGUGCGUUGGGCCCCUCCCCCACCCUGGAGAGCAUCCACAGGGCUUAUGAGGAGGGCGAGGAGGAGGCUGCGCGGGACUUGAUCCAGCGAGCCACUUGUGUGCAGUGCAGCGCGGGGGAGCAGUGUGUGGAGGCAGUAUCAGGAGCGUCUGCUGCGUGUAGCAGCUCAGCAUGGUGACGUGCACAGCGUGCGGUACCUCCUGAAGGAGGUCCACCUCAGCGUUCCACAAGAACCGUCCAAGCAGAACCCGGCCAUGGUGGCGGCGUACUUUGGACACAGCAGCGUGGUGCAAGUUCUGCUGGAUUCCUUCCCGGGUGUCCGGAGCGAGCUUCUCAGCUGGAUGCUGGCCACGUCGUGCCAGCAGGCCCACCUGGACGUGGUCCGCUUGCUGGUCAACCGCUACGGCGCCGACACCAAAGACUGCGCCGUCCACAGUGACGACUUCGCUGUCAUCAGCGGCCUGCCGCUCUACGCCGCCGCACAAGCAGGCAGCGAGGAGAUCGCGGACUUCCUGUUGCAAAACGGGGCCAGCUUUUCCUCGUACACGCUGAUGGACCAUCCCGCCUUCAGCACGCGCCUCCUCAGACGCAGAGUGGUGGAGAGCACCCAAGAUGGAGAAGAGGCCCUCAGUGUGUGUUGGAGCGGUCUACAGUUGCCCUGGCUGGAACUGGACUGGUUUGUGGACGUGUCCUCCCUCAUCACCGACUUGGACCUGUCCUCCAACAGCCUGACAUCGCUGCCCUCCGUGCUUCCCUGGGGUCUGGUCCACCUCCAGAACCUGGACCUGUCCAACAACCUGCUCAGGGAGCUGCCGCCUGCUGCCACCUCUCAGGAGGUCAUCUGUUCCAGGUUACGUCAGGUCAAUCUGUCGCAGAACCAGCUCAGCACUUUACCAGCUGGCCUGCUCCACCUGACCCACAUCCAGAGACUGUCUGCAGCCAAGAACCAGCUCGUGUCCUUGUUUGACAUCCCUGACUCGACCAACUGGAUCGGACUCCGCAAGCUGGAGGAGCUAGACGUGUCCAACAAUCGCCUGAGCGUCCUGCCUGCCACUGUCGUGCACGCCCUCAAAUCCCUGCGCUUCCUCAAAGUGUGUCGCAACAAGCUGAGCAGCUUUCCAGACCCCUGGUCCUGUCCCCUGAAGCACUGCAAGGCCUCCUCCAACCAGAUUCAGAGUCUUCCUGACAACAUCUCCAUCUUCUGGAAGAGUCAUCUGCAGGAUGUGGACUUCUCUGACAACUGUCUCAAAGAGCUGCCCUCCUACAUCUUUGAGCUGGAGGCUCUGGUCUCGUUGAGAUUGUGCGGGAAUGCCAUCACCACCCUUCCGGCGCCUUCUAAGUGGACCUGCGCCCAGCUCAGGACACUCGACCUUUCCAGGAACCAACUGGGCAAAAGCGAAGAGGCGCCCAAAUCCAGAAGACUUUCCUUCCUGACCACCUGGAGCAGAAGAGAGCCGGAUCCAGCACGUCCAGUCGAGUUCCCGGCUCUUCUUCGGGAUUCGCUGGAAGUUCUGAUCCUGAACGACAACCAACUGGAGUGCGUGCCGCAGUCUGUGUGUGGUCUGAGCGGCCUCAGCGAGCUCUACCUGUCCAAUAAUGCCGGCAUCCGUGAGCUCCCAGUGGAGUUGGGUCAGCUGACGAACCUGUGGCAGCUGGACAUCGAGAACCUCAACAUCAGCAACGUGCCACAGGAAGUGAGGAGGGAAGGUUCUGCGGCGGUUCUUGCGUUCCUGCGGGCGCACCUUCGUAAGGCGGAGCCUUGUCGGCUGCUGAAGAUGCUCCUGAUUGGUCCGCCGAGACAGGGCAAGUCGGCCCUCCUGGAGGCACUGCAGAUGGGGAAAGUGUCCGCCUUCACGCCGGACGAAUGCAGCAUCUCCACCUCCACGUGGGAGCUGGACUAUCCCAACGGAGGCAAAAGCAACAAGAAGUCUGUGGUGUUCAACGUGUGGGAUGUGGGCGGUCCAGCCAGCAUGUCGGCUGUCACUCAGUGUUUCUUCACCGACAGCGCCCUCUACGUGCUCACAUGGAACCUCACGCUGGGCGAGGAGGCCGUCGCCAGCCUGCAGACGUGGCUGCUCAACAUCGAGGCUCGAGCACCCAACUCGGUUGUGGUGGUCGUGGGAACACAUCUGGAUCUCAUCGACUCAAAGUUUCGCACAGAAAGGCUGGCGACACUGAGGGCUUACAUCUUGGCACUUUGCCGCUCACCGUCGGGCGCUCGGGCCAGCGGAUACCCUGACAUCAGCUGUAAACAUCUGCACGAGGUGUCAUGUAAGACUCUGGAAGGUUUGGACGGGCUGAAGAAGCUCAUCCACCAGGCGGCGCUCUCUAUGAAAGAUGGCAGUGCCUCAUGCGGUGGGAAGCUGCUGGGCAGGCUGAUCCCUCGUAGCUACCUGACCCUGCAGGAAGCCGUCAUUGCGGAGAAACAAAGACGCCACGCGGAGGGAGAAGUCCAGUUUCUCACUGAGGCGCAGCUGGACCGCAUCAUCCAACAAAACCCAGGAAGUGACAUCAGAGACUACGAGGACCUGCAGUCUGCCAUCAACUUCCUCAUGGAGACGGGAACGCUGCUCCACUUCCCCGACACCAGCCACGGCCUGUGCACGCUCUACUUCCUGUGUCCCGUCUGGCUGUCCGAGUGCCUGCAGAGGAUCGUCCACCUCAAGUCCUCCCGCUGUGUCGCCAGGAACGGCGUGAUCCGAACCGAAGACCUCAGGAUGCUGCUGGUCGGGACCGGAUUCACCCAGCACACCGAGGAGCAGUACUUCCAGUUUUUGGCCAAGUUUGAGAUUGCGCUGCCUGUGGCCAACAACAGCUACCUGUUGCCCCACCUGCUGCCCCCCACGCCCGCCAUGGACGUUCACUGUUUCCGACCGCAGAGCACCAACAUGCUGCAGCGCCUCUUCAAGAUGAGCUUCGUCCCCGCCGGCUUCUGGGAGCGCUUCAUCGCCAGGAUGCUCAUCAGCCUCACCGAGAUGGACCUGCAGUCGUUUGAGCCCAAACGGACUCACUGCAGCCGGACCUCCGUGAUCUACAGCUUUGGAGGAAGCCAGCAGAGGAACCGUUGCAGCACCUUCAGGGUCCGGCGCAAUCAGACCGUUUACUGGAGGGAGGGGCUGCUUGUCACUUUUGAUGGAGGUUACCUGAGUGUGGAGUCUUCAGACGUCAACUGGAAGAAGAAGAAGAGCGGCGGCAUCAAGAUAAUCUGCCAGUCAGAGACGAGGGAUUUCUCUGCUAUGGCCUUCAUCACGGACCACGUCAACGCUCUCAUUGAGCAGUGGUUUCCGGCUCUGACGACCACUGAGAGUGACGGCAGCCUGGUCAUCGAGCAAUACGCCCCCUGCCCCUUGUGCGCCUCGUGGGUCCAGCAGAACCAGAUGGAGCUGCGGGAUGGCCAGCCGGGCCAGGACGCAGACAGGGGCGGGGUUUAUCUCUUCAACAUGGAGGACUGUGCGCUGGCUGCCGCGGAGGAGGAUCACAUCGUCUGUCCUCGACACCCGGAGCAGCCCGUCCCACUCCAGGAGCUGGUACCAGAACUCUUCAUGACCGACCUCCCUGCACGGCUCUUCUUGGAGAAGAACCUGCUGGAGUACUCCGAGGACGAGGCCAGCAUCAUCGGGCAGGGUGGCAGCGGUACCGUCGUCUACCGGGCCCGAUACCGGGGACAGCCGGUGGCCAUCAAGCGCUUCCACUUCAGGAAGUGCCGACAGCAGACGGUCAACACCGACACCAUGAUGAAACACCUGCACUCAGCCGACGCGUGUCGCUGCUUCUCCGAGUUCCGGCAAGAGGCCAGCAUGCUGCACUCGCUGCAGCACCCGUGUGUGGUGUCCCUGGUGGGCGUGUCCAUCCACCCCCUGUGCUUCGCCUUGCAGCUGGCGCCGCUUGGCAGCCUCAACUCUGUUCUGGAGGAGCGAGGCAAAGGCUGCAGGUACGCGCCCCUAGGCCACGUGAUCACCUUCAAGGUGGCCUACCAGAUAGUGGCCGGGCUGGCGUACCUCCACAGGAAGAACAUCAUCUUCUGUGACCUCAAGUCUGACAACAUCCUGGUCUGGUCUCUAGAGGAAGAGUGUCCUGUCAACGUCAAGCUGUCGGACUACGGAAUCUCGCGACAGUCCUUCCAUGAGGGGGCGCUGGGGGUGGAGGGCACGCCGGGCUACCAGGCCCCCGAGGUCCAACCCGGCGUCGUGUAUGACGAGAAGGUGGACGUGUUCUCAUACGGCAUGGUGCUUUUCGAGCUGCUGUCGGGCCGUCGGCCGUCGCUGGGAAAUCGUCAGUUUCACAUCUCCAAGAAGCUCUCCAAAGGAGUCAGACCGCAUCUGGGCGACCCGGUGGAGGUCCAGUUCCACUUCCUGCACGGCCUCAUGAUGGAAUGUUGGGACACCAAGCCUGAGAAGCGUCCAAUGGCGUCGCAGUGCGUCAGGCGCAUGAUGGAGCCGAGCUUCGCCUGCCUUCGCUACGUGUUGCAGAGCGGCAGCCACUCGCAGCUCUUCUUGUCACCACUAAAGGGACACAGCGUCGUCUUCUGGGACGGAGAUGGUGAUUACAGGAACUACAGCGUGCUGAAUGUGGACAAAGGUCAGGUGGAGGUGAGGAGGAUGUCGUGUCCUGGCAGUAAAGUCAGCUGUCUGAUGAAGUUGUCCAACACGCUGUGGGUGGCCACCGAGGAACAGGAAGUGUACAUCUACAUCCUCAAAGACAUGUGUCCACUGCAUCAGCCACAGAAACAUUUGUCCUGUCCUGCUGUCAUCACCUGCUUCUUCCCCAUCCCAGCUGGAGCACAGAACCCGGAGCAGGUCUUCGCAGGGAUGUCAGACGGCCUGGUGGCGGUCUACAGUGUGCUGGAGGGGCUUCCUGCAGAGGGUGAAGCCUACCUCUGCUCGCACACGCUCAAUAAGGCCUCCUUCGGCCUCCUGGACUCUGACCCCAGACAGAGAUCCGCUCCAGUCCGGUGCAUGGUUUUGGUUGGCGGGGGCUCCCAGCUGUGGUUUUCCAACGGGCCAGGCCUCCUGGUGGUUGACCGCGCGACCCUUGACCCUCUACGGAGGCUGGACCCGUACACGCCACCGUCCUCCAUCGUCUCCAUGGCGACUGGCUUCAGCGCGUGGGGGGAGGAGUCGGUGUGGACGCUGGAUGAUGUCAGCAACACCCUGCUGCUCUUCCACGCCGCCUCCUUCUCGCCGUGCGCCCAGUACUGCUGCGGCGACUGCAGUCCUCUUCGGGACGUCUUCAGCGUGAAGCGUCCAGCGGCCGAUGGCGCUCACACGGCGCCAGUCAGAGACGAGGAGGAGGCGGAGCCUACAAACACAGACGUGAUGCUGACUUGCAGUGAGGAGGCGGGGACUCAGCUCAUCCAGCACUGCGAUUCGCUGACGGACCGCUCUGUGUCGUCGUCCUGCUCUGUGGACACCUCGGACGUCAGCAACGUGCCCGCAUCUUUGGAGCGGGAUGGCGGCAGUGACGAGAAAUCUGAAAGAUCUUUUCCAUGUCUGCAAGCCAUCAAGAUUGUGAUGGUCCACGACCUCCUCUGGGUCUUCAGGCGCAGCGGCGAUGUAAUGCUAAUUGAAGUGCGGCCGCAUAGCGGCGAGCUGAGGGGGCGUGUCAUCGCCGUCCUCAACCCUCCUGGGGGCUCCUCCGUUCUGGGCAUGCUGGUGGAGGCGGGGCUUGUGGCGAAGGAGACGGUGGUGUGCGCCUUCCAGAAUGCCGACGCGGUGUGGAGUGUGUGUGCGUGGAGGGCGUGGGACUCCCGCCAGCUGGAUGUCUUUUACCGCACCUCUGAGGAGCUUGGCCGUGUGGAAAGCAGCGUCAGGAGGAGGAGGUAGCCAAUGAGGAAGGAGCAGGGGCGGGGCCUAUCCACACCUUCAAGUCGGCUGAUGUGGAAAAAACUGUCAACUUUUUUUAGAAUUUUUUUUUUUAAGUAAAAAAAAAACUGAGAAGGUGGAGUCUUUUUUUUUUUUUUUUUUUACGUGAUGCACUUCCUGUCCUCUGGAGGAGCCUUUCUCUAAUCAGGCCACGCCCUUUUUCCUUAUUUAUCAAAUGUUACAAUGUGUAAUUAAUAAAUGUGUUUUUUUAAGGGGAGUUAAACAGUGACUUGGAGGCUGUGAUUGCUACUGUGUAAAAAUGUGAUUUGCGUUUCAAUGGAGAACAAACCUAUAGAAAAGUUCCCUUCAGGCUAUUCCACAACACACACACUGUGUCCUGCAAGGUGAGUCGUAUUGCAAGGUGAGUCGUAUUAAACUACCAGCAGGGAACGCGAGAGAUUCGAAUGAGGAUGAGCCUGUGCUGCGUUUAUGGACCUCCCUCUCAAACGCAAAAUGUUUGAAUUGGCUUUUUAUGUACCUUACGUCUUUUGAAAUGGAUAUGUAUUUUAUGCACUCCGAUCCAUCUUAAUUUUUAGACCACAUAGACAUAUUUUACCAACGUUCAUUGCAAACGUUAAACGAUUCGGCCACUAAGGACAAAAAGUCAACGUGGGUGCAAACGUGUUUCUUUUUCCCCAUGUAACAUGAAGGCCUCCCAUCUACGGAAGCCUCUCGGUCUCACAUUUAGAGAGGGGCUUUGUGCCUCUUUGAGGGGAGCUGGAUCUUGGUGAGCCGCUCCUUUCAAAGAGCCGUUCAAAAACGGUCUCAUUUGGCUCAUUUUUUUAGUAUGUAGUAUUUUUUAAGUAAGAAGGCCAGACUGGCCUUAACUCGUUUAAUCUUUGAAAUAAUUACUGU